AGUGUAGCCCCAGCAGCGCCACCUGUCAGUGCUCAUCAGUGCCUUGUGUCAGUGCCCAUCAGUGCCACCCAUCAGUGCCAGCCAGUGCCACCUAUCAAUGCCAAUCAGUGCCACCUAUCAGUGCUGCCAAUCAGUGCCGCCUAUCAGUGCCAGUCAGUGCCGCCUAUCAGUGCUCAGUGCUGCCUAUCAGUGCUGCCUAUCAGUGCCAUGUAUCAGUGAUGCCUUUCAGUGCCCAUCAGUGAUGCCUGUCAAUGCCCAUCAG